AUGCCCGUGCCCAAACAGCCGUGUCCAGUUAGACAAAGAAAGUUCGGCGUUGUAGAUAAAAUCGCGCCGCAAGAGAGUGACGACGAAGACGAUCGAAAGCCCUUUCCUUCUGGACCAAAUAAUGCGCAGACCUCCACUAUAGACGAUCCAAAUGCUGCCAGCGGAGAUCAAGGAAAAAGCACCUUUAAAAUUUUACUCACUGCCUCCCUCUUUUCUGUAUUUCUGAAUGGCAUCAACGAUUGCGACGAAACGUUCAACUAUUGGGAGCCUCUGUACUAUUUGAUCAAAGGAGGGGGGUUCCAGACUUGGGAGUACUCGCCGGAAUAUGGACUCAGGAGUUGGUUCUAUAUUCUUUGCCAUGGGCUUUGGUCGCUUUUCUUGCCGACUUCGAUCAUUCCGCCGCCGAUGUUUUUCUUCUUCCUUCGCCUCAUUCUCGGCGUCGUCUGUGCCUGCUGUCAAUUGUGGCUUUGCGAGUCGAUACAGGUCGUUUUCGGUGGAAAUGUGGCGAACAUUUGGCUCUGGCUGACUUGCCUCUCCGCUGGCAACUUUAUCUCCGCCACAGCUUUUCUUCCUUCGUCCACGUGCAUGUAUUUGACGUGUUUAUGGAUGGGCUUCUGGCUCCGAAGCAAGUACAACUGGGCCGUCUACGUCGGCGCUUUCAGCGCCCUGUUCUCCUGGCCAUUUUCCGUUGCUCUGGGAAUCCCGCUGGCGAUCGACUGUCUUUUGAAGAAGAAAAAGCUGACGACCUUCGUCUACUACUGCAUCGAAAGUUUCAUCAUCAUCAACUUGGUGAUCGUGGCCUUUGACUGGUGGUUCUAUGGAACGCCCAAGCUCGCCUGGCUCAAUAUCUUGACCUACAACGUUUUCUCGUCAAAGGGGCCUGAUUUGUAUGGAACAGAACCGAUUUCCUAUUAUUUGAAAAACCUGACGAUCAACUUUGGCCCAGCCUGGAUUCUCGGGCUGUUUUCUCUGCCGAUUCUCGUCCUUUCCGAGUGGACAAUUUCAAAGUUCGUCAAGCACUACCAGCCGGUUUAUGACCUUGGUCUCUGGUUCCUCUCCCCGCUUUACUGCUGGAUCCUCGUCUUUUUCUUCCAGGCGCACAAGGAAGAACGCUUCCUCUUCCCGAUGUAUCCCUGUCUCACCCUGGCGACGGCAGUGGCGAUCGGAUCGAUUCAAAAAGUCUACGCCGCGGUCUUGUUCAAAAAGCUGAAGAUUCCGUUCAUCGCGAUCGGCUACGCAGCCCUCAUCGUCACCGGCAUUUUCGGUUUUUCCCGGCUUUGCGCUCUCGUCGCUGGUUACUCCGCUUCCAGUGACAUCUACCGUUCCCUCUUUUCCAAGCUCCAAAACGGCUACCACUGGGUCGGCCCGACCACACUCUGCGUUGGAAAAGCCUGGCACCAGUUCCCCACGCAUUUCUUCUUGCACGAAAAUAUGACCGCCGAAAUCAUUCAAUCCGAAUUCGCCGCUCAGCUUCCAGCCAAAUUCGACAAGUGGCCAAAAGGACUCACAGACAUUCCAGAUCAUUUCAACGAUGCGAACAAGGAAGAACCAGGCCGUUACUUCGCUAAUCCGACAAAUGCUCACAAGAACUGUCACUACCUGAUCGACACAGAUUACGGCGUCGAGUCCGAACUGGAGCCGCUCUACCACCUGACCGUCGAGCAUUGGGAAACGCUAAGCGAGCUUGAAAUCCUGGACGCCAGCAAGUCGCACUGGUUCUACCGCGCCUUCUACGUCCCCUUUCUUUGGGAAGAAAACGUCCACUUUGGAAAAUAUCGACUUCUGAAGAACAAGGUCCUUUCACACGAAGGAGAACGAAAACAGGACGAAACAACGGAGCAGUAA